AUGAGUAGAAAUACUUCCCCGGUUCCCAACUCAAGCCAACUCACCUCACCAUUGCUGCAAUGCAACAGCCCUUCAGAGCCAAGAUCUAGCCUGUCCACUGUCUUGAGAGGCGAUGUUGAGAAACCACAGGUCAAUGUGGGCCCCCAGCUGACCCCCAGAGUGCAAAAGCUGAUGGUAUGUCCUGAAUGUGGCAAGAGCUUCAGUCGGACUAUUCACCUGGUCCAGCAUCAGAGGAUGCACUCCGGGGAAAAGCCCUACAAGUGCAGUGAGUGUGGAAAGGGCUUCAGCCAGAGCUCACAUCUUGUUCAGCACCAGAAGAUUCACACUGGACAGAAACCUUACACGUGUCAUGAGUGCGGGCAGAGCUUCAACCAGCGCUCCAAUCUGAUCAAACACCAGAGAAUCCACACAGGGGACAAGCCCUAUGUGUGUGCAGAGUGUGGGAAAAUAUUCAGUGACAGCUCCACCUGCAUCAAGCAUCAGAGGAUGCACACGGGAGAGAAGCCAUACAAGUGCCCAGAAUGUGGGAAGAGUUUCAGCCAACAAUCCCAUGUGACCCAGCACCAACGGAUCCACAGUGGUCUGAGGCCCUACAUGUGUGCUGAGUGUGGAAAAAGCUUUGGGCAGGGCUCAGACCUCAUUAGCCAUACAAGAACCCACACUGGCACACCAUGAAUGGAGGAGAAAAGGGGCUGCAUCCAGAGGCAGAUCUAUCUUGGCUUGGGAUCUGUGUGACCUGAAUGGAAACGUUUCUCAUUGAGAAAAUAGCCUAACGUGCUUUAGGAAGGAACAGUGAGUCAAAUAGACAAAAAAUACCGAUCAGCUGUAACAAAAAGUUGGAUUUAUCUC